UCAAUCUCCGCCGAACAUCAAGCGCAACUGACAGUAUACACCUGCAACCUUGCAACCUUUGCAAUUGAAAAGCUCAGGCGCAUCAGCAAGACAAACACAAAAUGGGCGACCACACUUCCGUAAAGUUCUCAAACCUGGCCGCCAUCAUCCAAGAAUUCAAUGUCGACGGCCAGAACAUUGUCCAAGGCUUCACCAAGAAGGAAUACUACGAGAAGUAUAACAAACCCUGGUUCGGCGCUACAAUCGGCCGCGUCGCCAACCGCAUCAAGAACGGUGUCAUCAAUAACCUCAAUGGCCGCGAGUACAAGCUUGAGAUUAACAACCCGCCGAAUGCGUUGCAUGGGGGAAGCCGUGGGUUUGGACGGCAGGAGUUUGAGGGACCGACUGUUAUCAAACGGGACGGAAAGGAUGCGCUGCUUUAUACAUACCUGAGCCCUGAUGGGGAUAAUGGGUAUCCCGGGACUGUGGAACUGAGGGUUUACUACGUCGUUAGUGAAGAGGUGGAAGGUGGGCUGCCGCGGUCGAUUCUUAACAUCGAGUACGAGGCUGAGUUGGUGGGUGAUGAGGUUGAGGAGACGGUCAUCAACAUCACGAACCACAGCUACUUCAACCUCAGCGGCGCCGCCUCCGCCGCAGAAGGCGUUACCGCAAAACUGACGACUCGCGACUACCUCCCCCUUGAGAACGGCAUUCCAUUAGGCCAGAUCUCUCCUCACUCGAUAGACACAACGCAGCCUUUCGAGUUCGGUCCUGACAAAGCCACCUUCGACGACUGUUUCGUCGUCGACCGCGAUCUGAGCGGGGUGUCCCUCGACACCCGCAACCGACCACUUAAACUCCUCGCCGAGUUCCGGCACGCCGAUACUCGCAUGAACCUGCAGGUGCACAGCACUGAUCCAGCCUUCCAGUUCUACACGGGCGCCGGGAUUGACGUGCAAAAGGCCGAUGAGGAAAAUCCGGCUCGAGGACCCUGGGCCGGCUUCUGCAUUGAGCCCAGUCGGUACGUGAAUGCAAUUAACGAGGAGAAGUGGCGGCAUACCGUCGUCUUGAAGAAGGGAGAGAAGUAUGGAAGUCGGAUCAUGUACAAGGCUUGGAGGGGCUAGUCUGGUCAAUGCUCCUACAACGAACUUUGGAUGAUGAGCACAAAGACUGGACUCCAUUAAAAAUGUCGCCACAACACAAAACAUGCCGAUUGUACCGACUUCCCGACUGAUUCCUUGUGCUCAGUCCGUAGAUUCCUGUCAUCUGAUCAAGCGGGCCAGUGCCCGAUUGACGGUCCACCGGAAAAUUCUUAAAAGCCUCACUUCAGCAUGUCAAUAUCAGCGGCAGCGUCCUU